AGAACACGCGGAAGUUAGCAUCUGCUUAGCUUUCUUACAUUUCUACGCUGGAAUUGUUCUUUUUACACUUAUUACUAAAAUUUCAACUUACAUUUAACGGAUAUGGCCAUUUUAGAACAACAACUAAGAUCUUUGGCUCGUCGUUCGAGUUUAUUACAGCUCAUGUCGUCGGCAGAGAGAGUUUAACAGGAGGAUUCUGCAUCCAGUAACCUUCUGUUGUGGAUUACAAUGUUGUGAUAUAUAGUUGUGAUGAUGGACUCCAUCUCCCACUCUCAUAUUGUUAGAAGUAACUACAGUUGUCUGUCUGUUUCGUUUCUCAAGACAUUGUUUUUGUUAUGUGCACCACUUGAUGUUAAUAUCCCAGAAUUAUGCCACUAAAAUACCAGUGAGUGUAGAACCUACAGCUGAUCCUAAAAAAUGCUGGGACGUAUAUUGUCAGUGUGGUUCUGGUUUGGGUCAGAUCGCUCUGGAUUCUGCCUGGGAACAUGUUUAUCAAUAACACUUACACUGCUGAUGUAUGCUGGGAGCAUCCAGGCAAGUCUGAGCGUAGGUCCAGGAGGAGACUUCCCAACAUUCACAGAUGUGUGUCUUUAUGCUCUCAGUCAUGAUGAGCUGACCUCCCUGCUGGUCAGCGUUGCUCUCCUGCUGUUGUUUGGACCAUGUCAGGAGCGUCGCUGGGGGACAGUCGCCUGGCUCGUCCUCUCCAUCCUGACAGUGGCCAUUCUGCCUUUCCUCUACGCUGUGGUCCUCUUUGCUGGUGGGGGCGAGGCGAGUCGGAUCUACGGUUUCUCUGCUGUCCAGCUCGCUCUGUUUACUGCUCAGUGUCGACAGGUGACACAAAGACGGCUGCUGAGGUGUUUGCCAGUCUGGUUUCUGCCCUGGCUUCUCCUGCUGAUCGGCCUGCUGCUGCUGCCCGGGACACCUGCCCUGCUUCACUUCUGUGCAAUAUGCAUCGGACACAACUAUCGUCAGUCCUUUAUUGGGAUGAUACAGGAGCAGGAGGAAUCCAGGCUCUUGGAUUUCAUUCCUGAUUGGGCGUAUGUUCGCAUUUCAGCCAGGUUCAGAUUGCCCGUCUAUGCUACCUCACAAAGAUCAGUUUCUCCCUCUGCUCCCCCACUGAGUGAUCCCUCUGCAUUGAACCACCACCACCACCACCACCACCCAUGGAUUGAACCUUUGCCUACCUGGGUGAUGGAGGAGUCUGCUGCUCAGUCUGAGGCUGAGGUGCUGGAGGAGCAGAUGCUCAGGGCAGGGAUACUGGCCUCACUACAGGAUGCCCCUGAUGGUCCUGAUGCAAAAGUGGAGGUGCCCAAAUCAUCAGUGUCUUCCCUGCGCCUGCAGCAGCUGGAGAAGAUGGGUUUCCCCACAGAGAAAGCUGUAGUGGCUUUAGCAGCCUCAAAACAACUAGAUGGCGCCAUCUCCCUGCUUAUUGAAGACAGCGUUGGAGAACAAGCUGUGGUGGUAUCGAAGGGAAAGAGCUCUCUGCCACCACAAAGCAGCUAGACGACCUCACAUGACCUCCUGGACUGAUUCUGCAAAGAUGUUUGCACUUAUGCAGUAAACUGAACGUACCUAUUACGCUUGGGUUUUGCUGAGCUUCAGUGUUUUCCCUGUGGGCUAUUUGUAGAACUAUUUAAACGAUCUACGUGUAAAGAUGAGAAGAAAGUCUAAUUGAGGGUAGAUGCAAACUUGACUCACUUUAUGUAUCUGCACAUAUAAAUGUACAUCGGAUAGAGUGGAUGUCAUUAAUUUAUGUUCUAAAAGUGUUUAAUGAAUACUGUUGUACCACAAAUGAAAACAAGUGACAUGUUUAAAAAAAAAAAAACAAUGAACAUUAUUUUAUUACACCGAUCAUCUAGACAGGAUUAUCUUAACACAGCAACACAUUUGCAAGGAGAAAAAGGUCCAAAAUAUGAAAUGGUUACAUGACAGCAUACAAAAUAAACUACAGUUCAUCAUUUAAAUAGUUUCACAAUACGUUUGAUAUAAGAUGACACAAAAAGUCUUUUCAUAAGGAUAUUUUAAGCAGUUUACCAACACCAUAGUGGUAAAAACAUGUUCAAGUUCUAUAAACAGUUUCGUUAUUUCCUCUGUGUGUGUGUGUGUGUUAAAGAUCCUGACAUGGACAGCCAGUUAUUAUUUCAAUGUAUUUUGUUUCCAACACUGUUUAUGACUGUUCCCGCUGAUGUGCAGCCAAAUACAAAUACAAAUGUUUGUGCAUUUUUUUUGCACACAUUAAAUGUCAAAAUGCUAUUCUCUUUAUUAGUUUCAGGGGAAAACUCACUCACACUAACACCAGAAAACUACAAAUCACUGUUAGCAACACAUACAGUAUCUCAGAGUGGAGAUGACUUCAUCUUUUUAGUGCACUACAUAACAUUGAGUUAAAUGAUAUGAUAGAAGGAUAACAAAAUUAAUACGAGAAGAGGAGGUUUGUUUGUGUAAUUGUAUCCUGCAAACUGUACAUGCACAAUAUAUUUAAAUAGUGAACUCUCUUCCGAUUGCAGUUAUAUUAUGUAAGCAAUACAAACUCAAAUCCAG